AUGAUAUCUAUUCUCAUCUUCCAUCAGCUGAACAAAAGGCUCCCCAGCUCUCAGCAGAUUGAAGUUGACCAAUCAGUAAACUUAUUGCUCAACUGGUUAAUAAGUGCCUAUGACCGGGAACAUAAAGGACGAAUACUGGUGUUUUCUCUUAAGGUGGCCUUGUCUCAUCUUUGUACAGGAAAGUUGAUGGACAAAUUAAGAUAUAUAUUUACUCAAAUAUCAGAUUCAAGUGGUUACCAAGUUCAGGAAAAAUUUGAAGAUUACUUAAAAGCUGUAUUGGCCUUACCAACUGCUGUGUGUGAGGGCCCUUCUUUUGGUUACAAUGAUACAGCAUCUCGUAGCUGUUUCGAUGGGAAACAACUGGAACAGUUGGGAUUUUCCCAACUUAUGAAAAAAGGGAGAGUGAACGUCAACGAUUUCCUCAAUGUGUUGAUGUCUGACCCAGGGCCUCAGUGCCUUAUGUGGUUGCCAAUCUUACACCGGAUGAGCCAAGCUGAAACUGCUGUGCAUCCUGUUCAGUGUGAAGGUUGUCAUCGAGAGUCUUUCAUGGGAUUUCGAUAUAAAUGCCAACGUUGUUACAAUUAUCAACUCUGCCAAGACUGUUUUUGGAGAGGCCGUACCUCUGGAAACCACACAGAUACCCAUGAAAUGAAAGAAUAUUUGAGUUAUAAAUCUCCUGCAAAACAAAUUGGUCAUUCAUUGAAGAAAUCAUUCCGGUGUGUGCCAAGCAAAACCAAUCAUAAAAUUCCCACAUUUUCUGAUGUUCCCGAGAAGAAAAUUGAUUUGACCAACAUAGUUCCACCUACACCAGUGAUGGUUCACAACGAUCUUCAAGAUGCGCGGAGUCAUUCCAUUGACCUAUCAUCAGUUGAAAGUGGUCCAACAUCAUCACGCAGUCCAAGUAAACUUAAUGCCAGUAUCGACACUACACGGAUUGAUGAUGAACACAGGUUGAUAGCCCGUUAUGCAGCACGACUGGCAGCUGACGCUACAAAUGCUGUAAGUUGUCUUUCUUUACAAAUGUUUUUUUCUUUUCUAUUUUUUAGAAAGAUAUUUUUGUGCCUGUAA